AUGUCAUCUGAUGAGAACAAGAAAUGGAUGAAGUGUGACCGUAAGUCUGGUGAAUACAUACAAGGUGUGAGGUCAUUUAUACAGUUUGCCAAGAAUAAUGGUGGUGGGAGGGUUUUAUUUUCAUGUCCUUGUCGAAAUUGUAUGAAUGGUAAAGGUUUAGUUUCACUUAGUGAGAUAUCAUUGCAUUUGCUCAAAUAUGGUAUUUGUUUGACGUAUACAACAUGGCGUCAUCAUGGUGAAAGCUCAGUAGCAGCACGGUCAAGACAUAGGGAUAACACUACAGCAGUUAUGGAUGGGAAUGUUACAGUAGGUGUGGAUGUGGAUGGGAAUGUUACAUCUGCUAUCGAUAUGGAUGUGAAUGUCACAGGAGGAGUUGAUGUGGAUGAGAAUGUUACAGCAGGUGUGGAUGUGGAUGAGAAUGUUACAACAAAUGUGGAUGUGGAUGAGAAUGUUGGGACCAAGGGGUGUUGUAAGAAAAAGUUAUCAGCGGCCGAGCGAGCAAGAGUACCAUUGUAUCCUUCGUGUCCUAAAGGAAAGUCGGCGUUGUAUGUAGCGAUAAUGGUGAACAACAUAAAGACUCAGUAUGCGAUUUCAGAUAAUGGUAUGACUGCAAUGUUAGAAUUGAUAAAAGAGUUGCUUCCCGAAGAAAACACCCUGCCAAGUAAGUUUCCAGAUGUCAAGAAGAUAAUUCAAGAGUUGGGGAUGGAUUAUGUAACUUACGAUGCUUGCGUGAACGAUUGUAUACUCUAUUGGAAGAAUAAGAGUUCAUUGCUGAAGUGCCCUGUAUGUCAAGAACCGCGAGCACAGAAAGAUAUCAAUGUAAUGCGUCAUCCCGUUGAUUCUUCAGCUUGGCGUUGUGCGGAUAGUUUUUUUCCAGAGUUUUCUAAGGAAGCACGGAAUGUUACUCUUGGUAUAGCAACUGAUGGCUUCAACCCCAAUGGAUGCUUUGGUCUCAAUUACAGCUGUUGGCCGGUAAUUCUCUGUCCGUAUAAUCUUCCUCCUUCGAUGGGUAUGAAGAGGGAGUUUUCUAUGUUAUGUUUGUUGAUAUCAGGCCCGAGAGCACCAGGUAAAGAUAUCGAUGUUUACUUACAACCAUUGAUUGAAGAGUUGAAAGAGUUAUGGAAUGAUGGUGUUAUGACUUUCGAUAGCUUCACCGGUUCUGAAUUUCUGAUGAGAGCUAGGUUGUUAUGGGCAAUUCAUGAUUUUCCAGCAUUAGGGACUCUUUCUAGAUGUGUAACUCAUGGGUAUUUUUCUUGUCCAAGUUGUGGAGAAGAAACAGAUGCUGAGUGGCUGCCAUAUAGUAAGAAGUUGUGUUAUAUGGUACAUCGAAGAUGGCUGCCAACGAAACACAAGUUUAGAGAUGAUAAAACAAACUUCAGUGGAGGAGUUGAGCAUGGUAAAGCUCCAUGGACACUAACAUGA